CGAGACCUUGAUCAUAAUAACAAUCAUGGCGUACGUUAGAACAGAUUGUCAAUAUUACACAUAAAAAAUCUCUGAAAUCAAGGCCUGUAUCACAUUUGGAGCCUAGUUAGAUAUGUAUAAUUUUAUCUCAACAGUAUACCGACACAGAUGGAGAAUAGCAUAGUUCGCGAUUUUCAGAACUUACGAGUGUUUUCAAAUGGGAACAUUAUUAUUAUGGAUCAGCUUGUCAAAGACUUGACAAAUGCUUUAGAAGAAUCAUCUAAAGGGCAGAAGGCACAGGCAGAGAAUGUGGCUCCAGGGUUAAUGUCACGCAGAAUUUAUAAAAAGAGACGAGGAAAGAAGAGACGCUCAGAUCUCCAUUUAAGUCCUCGUUGCGGAACUAUCAGUGAAGCAUCAGAGAGCAGCAUUGACGACACUUUAAGAGGCUAUAUCGAUCACAUGGCACAGUUCAGUGAUUCAGAUGAAAUUUUGAUUGGCGUUGGCAAACAUAUGCACAGGCUUACGGUCCCUAUCAAUGAAUCAAUUCCACAAGUUGAAUCUGAUUCUGUCACUGAGAACUUCUCACCUACAAGACCCCAAAGACGUAGACGAAAAUACAAAAACAUGGCAGUUGACCCCCCAAUGGAAAAUGAAACUAACGUAGAGCAUUUUGAGCCCCAAACUUUACAGGGUAUUAACCGAAAUCUGAAACACAUUGGUGGAGGAGAUUAUAACCAAAUCAUGAUUCCCCAAGAAAUUCAAGGAGAAAGCAUACUACCAGGAAAAAGAAAACGGAGUUCAAAAUGUCGCGCAGAAUCUGGGAAUUUUUCUGGACCGUCUACAAGUUUGAAUAGUUCGGAUCUUAUGGAGCAGGGAAAUUAUUCUCAGGAGAGUAGUUCAUUAAGUUCAAGUGAGACAGAGAGUGAUGGUGGUAUAAUGACUAAUGAUGAGGCAAGAGAAGCUGAUGAUGAACAGAGUGAUUUUUUCCACGAACCUGGUCCUGUUUGUGGUGUACCCUCUAAUCUGCCGUGGUGGGAGAAUGAGAGAGUCACAGACCAAGACAUGGCUUCCAGUGUCAACUUUCAGCGCUUUAUAACAAAAACAUUUGAUAAUCUACCCAGAUCAUCGCAGCUUAGUUUUAAAGCUCGAGUCAGUCGACUAAUGAUAGCAAAUGGCAGAGAAAUCCGAGUUGGUAGACGAAAAUUAAAAGAGAAGAUACCAGGCUACUCUAUGACAUCAUAUUUACAAGAUCGUGAGAAAUGGAUGUUUUCAGGACCAUAUCCACAACUCUGUAGCACUGCUAAUAGUAACCAAUCGUAUGAUAUCAAACGGCAACGCAAGACACCUCCACCAAGCCCGGACUAUAAAGAAGGAACAUCAACCGAAGGAGUAACUAUUAAAACUAGAAAAUUACGGGACAUGUCCUGGGUACAGCGCAAAAGUUUAGAAAUGGAAAGUGCUGGCAUGACUGGCCCAUUCGUUAAAUUAUUAAGACGUCAUGACGUGAGUUGUGCUCUGUCAGAUUCUUGACAUGAAAAUAAUUUUAGGUUUAGGUUUAUAGUUUCAUUACCCAUAAACCAUUAAUUUGUUAUUAAACAAAAAUAAAUGUCAUAUAUGUUCACUUAAACAUUUUAACAUCAGUUCUCCAUAAUCAGAAAUCCUCCCCUCACUCCUGUCCAUUCAUUAACCUCAGAUAUGUUGGCAUAUUUUAGACCAAUCAAAGGCUUGUUGACAACCAGCUAAUUUGAGAAAAUCCACUGUAGGGGAAAACAAUGCAAGUGUCAGUGAACAUUCUUGAUCAGUAAAAAAAGAUGAUCAUUGCAUCUAUAUUUGACAGUGGGUGGGACCACUGAUAUACACAGGAUUGCUUACAAAUAAUAGUUAUACAUGCUGUUGUAAGAAAUUAGUACAUGUACUGGUAUUUAUUAAUGCUCAAAAUGUCAAUGUUUCAAAGUUAUAUUAAUUUAAUGUUGCAUUCUUGAAGUUCGACUUCUGUCAUAUUUAUUCUCUUUGACGUCUGAUUUUGGUCACUAUGAUUGUCUAAAAUCAUUAUUUCCAAAUAAAGAGCAUCCUUUCAUUUGUUGAAAGUCUGGUCAGUUGAAUACAAAUAUCUUAAAAAUGUUAAUUUUAAUUCCCCUGCUAUAUUACAUUAUAUUUUUUUGCACAUUUUAAUCAAGCUUUGACCAUUGGCAUUAAUUUUAGUAUGCAAACAGUUCUUGCUUUCCAGUAGGUAUUUAAGUAUAUAUAUAUGUCUUGGAUACACCAUUUUAAAUAAGAGUCCAUGGGAUCAGUGGCUAGAAAAUGUUUAAUUUAUUAAUUUUAUGAGUUUGCAUGACAUAUGAAAGGAAAAACAUGACAAUGCUAACAUUUUCCUUCAUGUAUCAUACAAAUUUAGAACAAAUGUAAUAAAUUUCAAGCAACAGGAUAUUUUAUUUAGUAAUUAAGAAAUGAGUUUUAUUUAUAUAUUUAGGUAUAUUAUAUUUUGUGUGUCCAUAUUAAUUAUUAUUAGUUUGUUUGUUAUUUAUUGUCAAGUGGUAUAAGUUUCUGUACUUGGUUCUCUGUAAUACUUUUGAUAGCCCUGCUUCCAAUAGUGUUCUAUGAAAGAAAUUUGUAUUUAAAGGGAUUAUUCUGAGACCGACAGAUGCUUAUUUUUAAUAGCUGUGGGUACAGGUAGACAGAGGCUACAGUUAUCUGAUUGACGUGAAAUUUAUACAGUGUUUAUUUCAACGAUAUCUGAUAAUUAAAUUUUUAUUUUGGUUGUUUCUAGGGUUGAUUAGUUUUGAUUUUGAGUAUCUUGUAACUACUCCCAUCACCUACAAAAAUAUAAAUAUGUAACAACCUUUCUCGACAGCUUGGAAGACUUAGCUGCUGUCAGCCUAUUUUUUGUUUGCAUGUGUUUAUAUUUUUUACUAAAGAUUAAUUAAAAUUUGAAAAUAUGGAGCUUGUUUCACAGAGUACAUAAAUUUGCAUACAAAAAAGUUCAACAGAGUUGUAUAUUAGAAUGUACAAUUAAAAUGUGCUUUGUGAAACAACCCAAGAUCAUUAGAAAAACUGCUAAUCACAAAGAAAUUUCGCAGUUCUUCUCAAUUUUUUUUAUUUGUUUUACCUCCUCAAAAGGUUUUAGCUAUGUAAAUUUGUUUUAAAUAUUUGCCCUUUACAUUUUUAAGUAAUUUUUCAAACUAUUACAAUUAGAUAACAUACAGAAUAUUUUAUUUCAAAUACCGUUAUAUUAAUUUUUAUGAAUUAUUUUAAAUUUAGUAAAUCAGAGGUGAUCGGAUACCAGAAAGAUUUUUUUUGUAUCAAUAUGCCUAUGAAGAGCAACAUACAUAUUAUUAAAACAAAAUGGAAAUAGUACAAAAGAACAAUGAUCCAUUAAGGAUGUAAAAAAUUAAAAUAAUAAUUUUAAGUAAAUUAAAUUCCCAAGCAUUGAUGUCCUGGAUAAAUAGUCCUAGGCAUGGCAUAGACGUAAAUCUUUUGACUGUUUUAACAUUAAAUGAAAUUUUAAAAUGUAUUGUAUAUUAUUAUAUUUAAUAUUUGAUUAUUUAGUUAUUAUUUAAUAUAUAGAUUUUAUAGAUUACAGUUAUUUUUCCUUAGAAUGAUAGAUUGUUGUCAUUAAGAUUGUUCAAUCUGAAGUUCUCUAAUGCUUUCUAAAUGACCAAAAUGAUGUCUAUGAAAUAGAUUAUAUAUAAAAACAUUGUCUAAGUUGCAGUUAGAUGCAAAAUCAGUAUUACAAGACUGUAGACGAGCCAAUGGAAACAGUAGACCAUAUAUAACAAUUUUGACUGAAAUGUAAUUAGGGAUUAAAUAUACAAGAGUAAAAUACACAUGCAUCUUUGUUUUGAAUUGAUGGUCAUGCCAUCAGAUUCAAGACAGAGUUGAUAACACAUCACGUUUUAGAUAAAGAUUACCUAGUUGAUUUUACAUUCUAAUCGAAGAGAUUGUGUAUUAGGAAAAUGAUGAUCUCUUAAAAUAUCAUACAGAAAACCUAGAUGUAACGAUGUUAAAUUUAGUUUAGUCCAGUUUCAAUAUGAAUGUAUAUGUGUUACUGAUUAAUUUCUUAGAGGUUUGGUGUUCCAUUUAUUUAAUUACAUUAAUUGAAUUACGCAUGAAAUUUAUUUUUAAACUUGCUUACUCUUGAAUAUAGUUUCACAGCAAUUAAAUUGAUUACUGUUAAGCUGUUGUUUGCAUAUAUAAUUGAUUUUUAUACGCCCACAUUGAAAUGUGGUCGUAUAUUGUCGUCGCCUCCAUCCGGCGGUCCGGCGUCCACAAUUGCUUGUGGACGCUCUAGGGUCUAAAGUUAAUAUCUGAUUGACUUUAAAUUUAUACACAGUGUUUAAGGUCUUGAGACGAAGAAGCCUAUUGAUUUUCAGCGAUUUCCGAUAAUUACUGCCAGAGUUAUGGCCCUUGAUCACUUUGAAAAAUCUUGUGGACGCUCUCGAGGCCAAAGUUAUUAUCCGAUUGACCUUAAAUUUAUACACAGUGUUUCAGGUCAUGAGACAAAGAAGCCUAUUGAUUUUCAGCGAUUUCCAAUUAUAACUGCUAGAGUUAUGGCCCUUGAUCACUUCAAAAAAUCUUGUGGAUGCUCUAAUGGCCAAAGUUAAUAUCCGAUUGAAGUUAAAUUUAUACACAAUGUUUAAGGUCAUGAGACGAAGAAACCUAUCGAUUUUCAACGAUUUCCGAUAAUUACUGCCAGAGUUAUGGCCCUUGAUCACUUCAAAAAAUCUUGUGGAUGCUCUAGAGGCUAAAGUUAACAUCCGAUUGACAUUAAAUUUUUACAGAGUGUUUAAGGUCAUAAGAUGAUGAAGCCUUUUGGUUUUCAGCGAUUUCUGAUAAUUACUGCCAGAGUUAUGGCCUAUGAUCACUCUGAAAAAUCUUGUGGAUGCUCUAGAAGCGAAAGUUAAUAUUCGAUUGACUUUAAAUUUAUACACAGUGUUUAAGGUCAUGAGACGAAGAAGUCUAUUGAUUUUCAGCGAUUUCCAAUAAUUGCUGCCAGAGUUAUGGCCCUUGAUCACUUUGAAAAAUCUUGUGGAUGCUCUAGAGGCCAAAGUUUAUAUUCGAUUGGCUUUCAAUUUAUAUACAGUGUUUAAGGUCAUGAGAUGAAGAAGCCUAUUGAUUUUCAGCGAUUUCCGAUAAUUACUGCCAGAGUUAUGGCCCUUGAUCACUUCAAAAAAUCUUGUGGAUGCUCUUGAGGCUCAAGUUAACAUCCGAUUGAGUUUAAAUUUAUACACAGUGUUUGAGGUCAUGAGACGAAGAUUCCUAUUGAUUUUCAACGAUUUCCGAUAAUUACUGCCAAAGUUAUGGCCCUUAAGUUAUCCGAUUGACUUCAGAUUGAUACACAGAGUUUAAGAUCUUGAGACGAACAAGUAUAUUAAUUUUCAAUGAAUUUUUAUGACUUGAACAGUUAAAUCUAUGAUAUUAAAAGCUUUGCAUACAAAACGUUAGCAUGGGGCAGAACUUUAUAAAAACUAAACAAAUUCUAAUAGUUUUCUGAUAAUUACUUCGUGAGUUGUUGCUCUUAAUCAGAUUUUAGUGUAUUAUAAAUGUUUCAUUACCGAAAAAAGUAAAAAUAUGCGACAACCCUUGUUGACUGCCCGGACAAUUUAGUUGCUGUGGGCGUAUGUUUCGUUGCCUGGCAGCCUAUCUUUAUAUUAUGCCCACAUUGAAAUAUAUUGUUGUUAUCCCUGUCUGAACGUCUUGCACAAUUUGCUUAUAAGUUAAAACACAUUGCUUAUGGUCAUGAGACAAAGAAGCCUAUUCAUUUUCCAAUAUUUACAGUCAGGGUUAAAUAUAUAUGUAAAAUAUUUGAAUUUUGCAAAAUAAAAACGUGGAAGUCAGAGGACAUACAACCAUAGACAGAGACUAGUCAUAGACACAUAGAAUGACUCAAACUAAAUAAAGAAAAACACAGCUAUGAACUUAUCACUAGACACCACUGAAUGCUCAGUUGGGAUCGCAUGGUUUUUCGCAUUUUCUUCAUAAGAUCUCUCGGCACAGCACACUGGUUGAGAAUCACUGGCCUAAAGUUAUCAUCCAAAAUUUUUACACAGUGUUAAUGUUCAUGAGACGAAAAACAGGUAAAGUUACCAAUACAUGGUUUGUAUAAAUGUAGGAGGUAUUUACUUCAUGGGUUGUUACUGAGUUCUUAGUGUUGUCUAUAAUGCUUCCAUUACCCCAUAAGGAUUAAAUAAUCAACUGCUCUGAUGACUUGCUGCUGUGGGCAUAUGUUUUGUUGCCUGACAAUCAAUCUUCAUCAUUAGAAACAAAAUUCCAGAGAGAAAACUGUGAAAUAUUCCUAAAAAGUUGUCCAUUAUUUCAUUACCAGCAAUCCAUCCCAAGUCUCAGUUACACAUAUGUACUCUAAAACUGAUAACAUACAUGAUGUUCUAUUUGGAAAUACCCAGUACAUUCUCUGAGGAGAUAAUGCAAUCUAUUUAUUAGAAGGAUACUGAGUGGUAUCUGUUUUUAUUAAAUAUCUGUACUGGUAUUUGUAUUGACAGAAUGUAUGCCUAUAUUAAAAUAAUUUGUGUAUUUGAACAAUUCAUGUAUGUGUAUGUGUACUGAAAUUUCCAAUACACAUAUAUUGGUCCAGUGCAUGUUCUUUGGUAAUUUUAUGCAUGUACAUUAAAUGGCACAAAGGACACUGUCAAGUGAAGUUCCCCAUAGAAAUAUAUGGAGUUUUUUAAAAUAUGAAAAAUGAAUUGUAAUUUUAAAAAUUAUUGUCAUUUGAUGUUUUUAAUUUGAUUCAAUGAAAUAUCAAGAUUAUAUUGUAGAUUGAUUGUAUAUGAAGAGGGAAAAUCCCUAUGUUAUUUUUGUUGGGUUUUUAUUUAAAAAAAUAAAAUGUGUAUCUAUC